CUAAGUUCGUUAUUUACGUCACUAGAAGAAGAGAGACCGCGGACCUGUUUGAGGACAAGACCAUCAAUUGCCUGGCUCGAGAGUGAACCAGUGUUAAAGCAGCUCAGUUCCACCUGACCUAAGUGAUGUUUUGACCGUACAAUGGCGGACAUUAAGAACUUCCUCUACGCCUGGUGUGGGAAGAAAAAGCUGACUCCCAACUAUGAUGUUCGAGCAGCCGGAAACAAGAACCGACAGAAGUUCUUGUGUGAGGUCCGUGUGGAGGGCUUCGCCUACACGGGGAUGGGCAACUCCACCAACAAGAAGGAUGCUCAGUCCAACGCGGCCAGAGACUUUGUUAACUACCUGGUGCGGGUCGGGGAGAUGAACGCAGCAGAAGUGCCGUCUGUUGGGCAGGUGACCUCUCCUGAGGGAAGCUACGGCCACCCGAGUGGGGGAGAGGGGAAUGGUGGUGGCCUGCCUGCCGGAGGUCCUCUGCCCCCCCACCUAAUGGUGAAAGCUGAACGAGAGGCGUGCGGCAGUGAUCCAGGGCCGAUAGCUGUGGGGUACCCAGGAGGUAGUGGAGGCGGAGCUGGGUGGGACCCUGGUGUCAACCUGAAGGAGUACUACAUGCGCCGAGAUGAAAUGGAUGCUCAGGCGACCCUUGAGUCAGAGGAGGUGGACCUGAACGCGAGUCUCCACGGAAACUGGACUCUCGAGAAUGCGAAGGCCCGUCUGAACCAGUUCUUCCAGAAGGAGAAAACCAAUGCAGAUUAUAAAUACAGUCAAGUGGGACCGGACCACAACAGGAGUUUCAUCGCGGAGAUGCAGCUGUUUGUCCGGCAGCUGGGCAGAAGGAUCACUGCUCGGGAGCACGGGUCCAACAAGAAGCUGGCAGCGCAGUCAUGUGCUCUGUCUGUGGUGCGGCAGCUGUACCACCUCGGAGUCAUUGAGUCCUUCUCUGGCAUCACCAAGAAGAAGGAAGGCGAGGCGCUGGACGUGUAUGAGGUGACCGUGGCUCCAGAGCUGCUCACGCAGAUCACCUCUCUGACGGAGGAGCUCGGAGUCCAGAUCCCACCGCCUCCUGAGGACCCGGGCAACCCAGUGUCCCUGGUCCAGGCCAAGAUGGCCACGUUUGAGCCGUCGCAGCGUCAGAGUGGAGCUGGAGUCGUGCCCUGGUCGCCCCCCCAGGUCAACUGGAACCCCUGGACCAGCAGCAACAUCGAUGAGGGUCCGCUGGCCUUCUGCACUCCGGAGCAGAUCAGUGGGGACAUCCACUGCGAGCUGACCCAGCAGCUGGAGAACGACAAAAACCUCCAACAGUUGCUGGUGGAGCGAGACAAGUUGCCAGUGAAACAGUUUGAGAAGGAGAUCAUGGACGCUGUGGACAACCACUCCGUGGUCAUCAUCAGGGGAGCGACUGGCUGCGGCAAGACCACCCAGGUGCCCCAGUACAUCCUGGACCGCUUCAUCAAAGACCAGCGUGCGUCCGACUGCAACAUCGUGGUGACCCAGCCCCGGAGGAUCAGCGCCGUGUCUGUGGCCGAGCGAGUGGCCUACGAGAGAGGCGAGGACCUGGGCAGGAGCUGUGGCUACAGCGUUCGAUUCGAGUCCGUCCUCCCCCGGCCGCACGCCAGCAUCCUUUUCUGCACCGUCGGAGUCCUGCUGAGGAAGCUGGAGGCAGGAAUCCGUGGGAUCAGUCACGUGAUCGUGGACGAGAUUCAUGAGCGCGACAUUAACACGGACUUCCUGAUGGUGGUCCUCAGAGAUGUGGUCCAGGCCUACCCAGAGAUCCGCGUCAUCCUGAUGUCGGCCACCAUCGACACAUCCAUGUUCAGAGAGUAUUUCUUCAACUGUCCCAUCAUAGAAGUGUGUGGCCGCACCUUCUCUGUCCAAGAGUAUUUCCUGGAGGACUGUAUACAGAUGACCAAUUUCACCCCUCCACCUCAAGACCGCAAGAAGAGGGACAAAGAUGAGGAGGCAGGCGACGAUGACAGCAACUGUAACCUGGUCUGCGGCCCGGAGUACUCGGGGGAGACCAAGCAUUCCAUGGCGCAGAUCAAUGAGAAGGAAACCUCAUUCGAGCUGGUGGAAGCGCUCCUCAAGUACAUUGAGACGCUUCAGGUUUCCGGCGCUGUCCUGGUUUUCCUGCCCGGCUGGAACCUCAUCUACUCGCUGCAGCGCCACCUGGAGUCCAACCCUCACUUCUCCCGUUUCCACUACCGGAUCCUGCCCCUGCACUCGCAGAUACCCCGAGAGGAGCAGAGGCUCGUCUUCGAGCCCGUCCCAGACAACAUACGGAAGGUGAUUCUGUCGACCAACAUCGCAGAGACCAGCAUCACCAUCAACGACGUGGUCUAUGUCAUCGACUCCUGCAAGCAGAAGGUGAAGCUCUUCACGUCUCACAACAACAUGACCAACUACGCCACCGUCUGGGCGUCAAAAACCAAUCUGGAGCAGCGCAAAGGUCGAGCUGGGAGAGUCCGUCCCGGGUUUUGCUUUCACCUCUGCAGCCGCGCUCGCUUUGAGAGGUUGGAGACUCACAUGACCCCGGAGAUUUUCAGGACGCCGCUCCAUGAAGUUGCCCUCAGCAUCAAACUCCUGAGACUCGGUGCCAUCGGGCACUUCCUGUCUAAAGCCAUUGAACCUCCCCCGCUGGAUGCGGUGAUAGAGGCGGAGCACACUUUGCGAGAGCUGGACGCCCUAGACACAAAUGACGAAUUGACUCCUCUGGGUCGGAUUCUCGCCCGUCUGCCCAUUGAACCUCGACUGGGGAAGAUGAUGAUCAUGGGCUGCAUCUUCCAUGUUGGAGAUGCCAUGUGCACCAUCUCAGCUGCCUCCUGCUUCCCAGAACCAUUUAUCAACGAGGGGAAACGACUGGGCUUUGUUCACCGCAACUUCGCCGGCAGCCGUUUCUCGGAUCACGUGGCCUUGCUCGCUGUGUUUCAAGCAUGGGAUGACGUCCGGAUCAAUGGAGAGGAGACGGAGCUCCAGUUCUGCGAGCACAAGCGUCUGAACGUCUCGACACUGAGGAUGACUUGGGAGGCCAAAGUUCAGCUGAAGGACAUCCUUGUCAACUCUGGAUUUCCUGAGGAGAGUCUGAUGAACCAGAUGUUCAACACCACGGGACCUGACAACAACCUGGACCUGGUGGUCUCCCUGCUGACCUUCGGCUCGUACCCCAACGUCUGUUACCACAAGGAAAAGAGGAAGAUACUGACCACCGAAGGGCGCAAUGCCCUCAUCCACAAGUCCUCUGUCAACUGCCCCUUCAGCAGCCACGACAUGACCUACCCAUCGCCGUUCUUCGUCUUCAGCGAGAAGAUACGGACUCGGGCCAUCUCCGCGAAGGGCAUGACCCUGGUGACCCCCCUGCAGCUGCUGCUGUUCGCCUGCAAGAAGGUGACGUCCAGCGGUGGCGUGGUGGAGCUGGAUGAAUGGAUCAAGCUCAGGAUGCUCCACCAGGUGGCUGGUGGGAUCCUGGCUCUAAGGGCUGCGAUGGAAGCUCUGGUGGUGGAAGUGACCAAAGAUCCAGAGUUCAUCGCUCAGCUGGACCAAACCAACCAGCGGGUGCUCAACCUGAUCCGACACAUCUCCAAACCUUCCGCCUCUGGGAUCAAUCUGAUGGCCACCAAUCAGAGGAUGGGGGACGGCCCACGACCACCCAAGAUGGCACGCUUUGAUGGAGGAGGGGGAGGCUACAGAGGAGGCUGGGGCAGGGGCUACAACGGAGGUGGAGGCAGGGGGUACCGUGGAGGCGGAGGGUACCGAGGAGGCGGAGGAUACCGUGGAGGGCCCUACCACCGGGGAGGGGGAUAUCAGGGAGGUGGUUAUGGAGGGGGACACAGAGGCGGAGGCGGCUUCAGAGGGGGGCGGGGCGGAGGCUACAGAGGAGGUGGAGGCUACUGAAUCCCUCUGGAUCCACCUACCUGAAAACAUGUGCCCUCAAAUGGUUAAGAUAACAGAGUUCACAUCUCCAGAGUCAACUGAUCGUUUGUUUAUGUUUAUUACAUUAAAGAACUAAAUCAAGAGCCACCUGGUGGACAACUGUGUCACAGCAGGCUUUCCUGAGAUCGAACACGGCGACGUGGAGCUGGACUGGAGUGCAUCACUUCUGGGUGAGAGGUGAUGGACAGAGCAGCAGACUCCAGCGCCAGAUUAAAAACAUCCGAAUAAAAUGUGUGCUUUGUGUUGAGUCACCAAUAUGGAGAAACACAGUGAGCCAGCAGGGUGCUCCAACGUGGGCAGUUGAGGAAAUAAAUAAACAAAGCCGGGCCAAUCAGCAGCUGCCGUUCCGGAACUCUCCAUUCUCAGUGAUUGACAGUUUGGUCUGGUUGCUAGGUGACAGACCAUUGUGGACGUUUGGGCAAUUGUAGCGAUCCUUCACCUGUGACAGUGCCGCCAUGAGGCGAGCAUUGGCGGCAUCUAGGGAGACGAUCCGCUGCUCCUGAUUGGACAAAAAGGAGAGACAAGAAGUCAGAGGGGAAGUAACAUCUAAAAUCUGGGUGUGACCAACAGGUGGCGACACACUCACCUGAGCACUGAUGAUUUUCUGCUUGGUCUCGAUCA